AUCAAUGCAAUCCAAAAAGUCUGGAACCAGUAUAGUCAAGAAGAUCAAAACAGAAUAACAGAUACUGAUCUAGAAGCACUUAUAGAAGCUAGAAUAAAAAGAAAAUCAAAUUUUGACUUAUAUGAAAAUUUCACUAUUUCUAAAUCUAUUUUAAAAGAAACAUAUUAUAAUGUCAAAAAGCAGUCAC